UCUUCGGAUCUUAAGAGAGCGACACAAGCUCCAGGAUUACGUGAACAGGCUCCCACAGUUUAUGAUCCUGACAGGAUGGGGGACUCACUCUGCAUUUCCCAUCGUGCCACUGGAGCAGCGCUCAGGAGAAGGAGCUUUAUCACAGUUCUACCUUUUGCUUUACUGUUACCAACAGUGAGAGUCAGUGCACAGUUAAUGGGAAGCCCCCUGGACUGCCACAAGAUCUGUGUGUGCGCCAGCAACAUCGUCAGCUGCUCCAAGAUGAAUCUAACCAACAUUCCCAGCGCUCUUCCACAAUAUACAGCGGUUCUGGACCUCAGCUUCAACUCCAUCACCAGGCUACGUGCUGAGUGGACCCCUGUCACACUCAGCAGACUGCACACUCUGCUGCUCAGCAACAACGGCCUCAAUUUUCUGUCCUCUGAGGCCUUUGUGCAUGUGACAAAGGUUCAGUACCUGGACCUGUCCUCCAAUCGCCUCCACCUGCUGGACGAGCUCAUCUUUGAGCCGCUGGAACACCUGAAGGUGCUGCUGCUUUACAACAACUGCAUCUCUCAGAUAGAUCGCUCUGCUUUCUCUGGCCUCCUCAGUCUGCAGAAGCUCUACCUGAGCCACAACCAGAUCUCCCGCUUCCCCUUGGAGUUGGUGAAAGAGCGGAGCCGGCUGGAAACUCUUCGACUGCUGGAUGUUUCCUCCAACCGAAUCAAAGUCCUGCCCCUGCAUGAGCUUCAGGCUCUGCCCGCCUGGAUCAAGAAUGGUCUGUACUUCCACAACAACUCUCCUCCCUGCAGCUGUGAGCUGUAUGAAGUGGUGGCACGCUGGCACCUCAAGGAGCUCAGCUCUGCCACUGACUUCAGGAGGAACCACACUUGUGUGUUGCCAGGGCCGCAGAAAGAGAAAAUGGCCAUAAUGGAUCUGAACAAGGUGAAUCUGAACUGCAGUGAGGUCACAGCUAUGGAUAAAGAAGCCUAUCUGGAGCAGUUCCUGGUGUUGGACUGUGACACCAGGCAGAGGGACAUGAAGAAGAGCUGGGCGCUGCCUGGAAACAUCCCACUGUCUUCAGCAAACAAGACUGCUGUGAUGCGUCUUGACGGCAACCUCCAGAUCGGGCCCCUGAGGACAGACGACUCAGGGGUCUACACCUGCUUCGCCACAAGUGACUCCUUCAACGAGACACUGUAUGUAACUGUAGUGGUGUUUAAUUCCACCAUGAACGGUGGACUGGAGAACCUAAAAACGGCCUACACCACCCUUGUUGCGUGUCUGGUCAGUAUAGUUAUGGUUCUCAUCUACCUCUAUCUCACACCCUGCCGCUGCGCCUGUUGUCCAGGUCAAGGCCUGGAGAAAAACGAACCCCAAGACAGCCUUCACUCUUCAACCGUCAGCAUCUCUCAGGCACACGAGGAGACGGAGCAAGAGAGAGUGGAAGGCGGAGGCUUCCCCUACAGACAUGUGGGCUUCCUGGAAAUCAAGGACCAGCUGGAGCAGAACGGGAGGUUGAAUCCAAUAGGUGAGGAAGACGAGGAGUGGCAAGGGGACAACAGGGAGAGAAGGAGGUCAGACGCAGAGUCUGUUAGCUCUGUGUGCUCCGAUACCCCCAUGGUGGUGUAA